GAGUGGGGAGGGUAGUGGUGGUGGUGCAGGCGGAGCACGGGGAGGAGAACUCCACUGGGCUGGGGACUGCGAGAGGGAAUAGAAAAAGGGACUGAAAUUGAAAUUGGUCACGCCGAGACGGCUUUGUGCGCGCAUUGAUCGCCGGCUAUUAGCGACCGAGACGCUUUGCGCACCAUUUGUCGGGUGUGAAUGCAGCCCGACCUUUUAAAGCGCCCUCCGCUUCCACCGCUAACGUUGUGGCCAUAGAAGAAGCACUAUUUAUUGUUGCUGGGGGGAGGAGGAGGAGGAGGCAGAAAGGCAGGGUUGGGGACAGCCGCGGCUUGGAGGAGGGGGAGGGAGUCGCGCACUCGAACCCACCAUGCGCGCUAACUUUUACGCACUGCCUGCGCGCACUUUGUGUACUCAGUGCUGAACCCCAACUAGUUGAGAGCGUUGGUCAGACACUGCCACACACACGCGGGGGUGCACGAGGCUACAACAGUUGAGAGAGGCGCGCGCGUGCGCGCGCGUUCACGCCCAGAGAGGACGGCACACGGCACGGAAAAUGCUGCGAAAUCUCCGUGGCCCCUGGGCGCCCGUGCCUCUGGCUCUGCUCCUCAUCCACUGCGCGCGACUCAACGCGGCGUUGUCAGACACCGAGCGGACCUCUUUGGGCCGAGAGCAAGAGCAGCAGCAGCAACAACAACAACAGCUCCCACAGCACGCACACCUGCAGCAGCAACAGCAGCAGCAAUUCCAACAGGGCAGGUGUCAGCCAAUCGUGAUCCCCAUGUGCCUGGGCAUCGGCUACAACACCACGCGGCUGCCCAACUCGCUGGGACACGAGGAGCAGCAGGAGGCCGCCAUCAAGCUGCACGAGUUCGCGCCGCUCGUCGAAUACGGCUGCCACGUGCACCUGCGAUUCUUCCUGUGCUCCGUGUACGCGCCCAUGUGCAGCGAGCAGGUGUCGCAGCCCAUCCCGGCGUGCCGGCCCAUGUGCCGCGCCGUGCGUCAGCGAUGCGCGCCCGUCCUCGAGCAGUUCAACUUCGCUUGGCCCGACGCGCUCGACUGCGCCCGCCUGCCAACGCGCCACGACCCCAGCGCCUUGUGCAUGGAGGCGCCGGCGGCGGACGACGAUGAAGGAGGUGGAGGAGGAGGAGGGACCGGUGGCGGAGGAGGAGGUGGAGGAGGAGGAACCGGUGCGGCAGGUGGAGGUGAACCUCACGACCGACUCCCACUGGCGCCGCUGGCACCUCCGCUCCACGGCGGCGGCGGCGGCGGUAGCAGCAGCAGCAGCCACCCGCAGCACACGGGGUCUCCGAACCAGGGCGCGCAGCCGCCCGGCGGCAGGGCGUCCGUGCCGUCUUCGUACAAGCCCACGAUGAACCUGGGUCGCGGCGACGACAGCAAGGGCGUGCAGCCUCAUCCGCCUCCCCCCAGGAGCGGCUCCCCGACGUCGUGCGAGAACCCGAGCAAGUUCCACUACGUGGAGCGCAGCAAGUCGUGCGCGCCGCGCUGCGGGCCCGACAUGGACGUGUACUGGAGCGGCGCCGACAAGCGGUUCGCGUCAGUGUGGCUCGCCGUAUGGUCCGCGCUCUGCUUCGCCUCCAGCGCCUUCACCGUGCUCACCUUCGCCAUCGACUCGUCGCGUUUCCAGUACCCGGAGAGGCCCAUCAUCUUCCUCUCCAUGUGCUACUGCCUGCACUCGGUGGCGUUCCUCGUGCGCCUGUUCGCCGGCGCGUCCAGCAUCGCGUGCGACCAUGACAGCGGCAGUGCCUACAUCAUCCAGGCGGGCCUCGAGAGCACGGGCUGCACGCUCGUCUUCCUGCUGCUCUACUACUUCGGCAUGGCUGCGUCCGUUUGGUGGGUCGUGCUCACUUUCACGUGGUUCCUGGCUGCCGGCAUCAAGUGGGGGCACGAGGCGAUCGAGGCCAAGAGCAGCUACUUCCACCUGGCCGCCUGGGCGCUUCCAGCCGUGCAGACCAUCGUGAUCCUGGGCCUACGCAAGGUUGCAGGCGAGGAGCUCACGGGCCUGUGCUACGUGGGCGGACUCAUGAGCCCCAACGCGCUGGCGGGGUUCGUGAUCGUCCCCCUCACCUGCUACCUCAUCCUGGGCACGUCGUUCAUCCUGGCCGGGCUCGUCGCACUCUUCGACAUCCGCCGCGUGAUGCGCACGGGCGGCACGGACACGGAGAAACUCGAGAAACUCAUGGUGAAGAUCGGCGUCUUCUCCGUUCUCUAUUCCGUGCCGGCGACCUGCGUCAUCGCCUGCUACUUCUACGAGUGGUACAACGCUGAUAGCUGGAGGACCCUCGCAGUGGCCUCCAAGUGCAGGGCUGCGCAGGGCAACCAGACGCCCGACUGCACGGCUGUCCAGUCCAUCCCCUCCAUCGAGGUCUACCUGCUCAAGGUGUUCAUGUCGCUGGUGGUGGGCAUCACCAGCGGCAUGUGGAUCUGGAGCUCUAAGACGCUGCAGUCGUGGCAGAUGCUCUGGAACAAGAAGUUGUCUCGGCAGACCGGGCGCAAGGGGGGAGUGCAUUACAAGUCUCCCUCGCUUGCCGUACAUGCGCCUCCCGGUCACCCAGAGACCAUAGCCGAACAGCCGGCAUUUGUCUAACAAGCUCGUGUCGUCUCGUGUCUGCCACUUCUGUAGAUUGCUAUACAAUAUACGUAAAUAUAUAUGCGUGUGCCCUACUGCAUGUAAAAUUGAAACUGAAACCACUACACUACAGGGCAUAUAAACGUACCAGCGGACCAUACGUGUAGCUUAUACGUGCAAACGCUUUGAAGUGACAAGCAUGUGUACAUGCAUUUCUGGAAGACUGACACAGCAAUUUGCAGCCGUGCACUGCGUGCGAUGGGUGCAAAAAAAACAACGCACAGUUGUGCAUAUUGAUUGUGCAAAUUGAGAUUUUGUUUUCCUUUGGUCCGAUUGUCUUGGGGAUGUCGUGUGCUCAAGAUGCCCCGCUCGGUCGGGCUCUUCUCUUUAGCACCAGCACAGGCGUCUCGAUGAAAACAGGGCUCUAAAUGGUGUAUCCACCGAAUGCCGCAUCAUUUUUUUUUUACAAAUUUAUACAAACAAGUGUUAUGUGUUACGAUUGUUUUUGUAAGGUAUCCAGAAUGAGAAAUGUGUGGGGGGGGUGGGAGAGGAACGACACAACAAUUAACAUGAUGCGUAUUGUGAUGCCCCCAUAUGUAUGUACAAACGAUACAGAGUAAUAGAAUUUAUGGUAGAGAUCGUUAUAUUGGAAAAUAUUAUUAAAAGUGCGAGCCCAUGUGUAGCUUAAACAUCGGAUGAUAAAUGUGGUAUAGGCAAUACAAUUCUGAAAAUGUUUGGCCUGUACCACAUUUAUAUAGUGCGUCUGUAUAAUAUGCUGAACCUUUUACAAAGAAAACCAGCCUAAAUUGUAUUCAUGCGUGUAUUUAAAAGUAAUGCAAUACCACAACCCUAAGGUAAAAGACACAUCUGGUUUGUACUGAACUCCAGAAUCUGGUAGACAUUUAGUGAAUGAGUAAAUAAUCUCCUGUUUUGGAAACUACACACAGUGUAUCUUCCAGGGGCAUUUAAAAUGUGUACCAUAUUUACAGUUUGGACGUGACCUCAAGGCUUAAAGGUACAAUUUAUCAUCAGGAACUUGGAGGUAAAUUAUAUAUUCCAGAUUGUGCCUUUUAGAGACCAGACAUUUUGUAUUGCUUUUGUCCAAACAAUUUGGACAAGAUUUAAGAUACUUUGUUUCGUAAGUUUUUACAUUUACGAUGAGUGGGUUGGACAAACCCAUUACAUUCGCAAAAAAAGGUUACAAGUUUAGGAUUGCGGACGACGUUUUUUUACAGACACAGUGUUUUCUUAACAGUUGUCAUGAAGUGCGCCAUAAUACAAGGCAGCGAUGUGGUAUUAGCCUGAAACUUUUGUAUGUAUUUUGAACUUCUUUCGCACCGUGCGUAGCCAACCGUGCUAAAUGGAGGUGCGUUCGCUGACAUUUGCCGUAGCAACAGAAUUGCGGCAGUGGGUGAAUCGGAAAUCUUGCUUUGCGGGACGGUUACGAGACCACACAAACAUCACCAAUGCCGUUUUAAAUGCGCCGAGUCAUUGCAAAUAACCCAACGUGACCAUUCUUUGCAAACCACAGCCGAACUUUUGUCGUAAAAAGAUAAAACAAUAUCAUUAUGUUUUUCUCGUUUGGCCACCUACCACUCAGAAUGUCUCACUGGCAAUGAGCGCAUGCGCAACUAACACUCGUAUAAGGAAGUAAUUUAAUAUUAAACGAAGGCUCUGAACGUGCAUCAAGGUCAGACAAACUAAUAUUCUAACAAGUAAAAGUGAAUAACCCAUCAACGAAUAUAUGCAGGCUAAAACGAAAUAUAUAACUUAAUACAUAUUACCGUGCGCCUAUGAACCUAAUCACCAGAGAAAUGGUGCCCAAACUCUUCAGAGUUUGGCCUGGAUAGUGUUUGCGUGGACGAACAUGCAAAACAGGUGUCAUAGGCUGUGGUGGGCGGCACAGGGGUGUGCAGUAUCGUACUGUACUCUAUACUGUACUGUACUACCACGUCUAUGCUCCCCGACUUCCCUAACCCACACUUACGAGAGUGGUAAAGUUCUGUCAUGUCUGCCUCAUAGCCUGGGGAGGCCCUCACUAAGCAGUGUAUUGACAAGGGGAUGUUCACGUGCAUCUUGCCAAGUAUCAUCGUGCCUUGUCAUGCAUAACUGUUCGGUAUGUAAACUAUGUGUUAUUUGAUGGAGAUCGUGCAACUCAGCUUGUGUACAAAUGUACACGGCCCGUGGUGGUGGUGGUGAUGAUGAUGAUGAUCAAGGUGUUGUGAACCCAAAGACCUUUCGUCUCUUGACGCUGAAAGGCAGUUCAGCUCCAACACAGCUGCACAUCAAUGGGAUUGCUAAUGUCCCCUGGAGUACUGUGAUGUAAAACGAUCAUUUAGAACAUUACUUCUCACUGCUAAAUCGGAUCGUAAACAAAACAAUGGCAGUGUAAAAUAGAUCAAGGUGCAUUCUUGCAAUUUCUUAUGCAUACCACUGCUUAUGGAAGGUGUCACACGAGAGAUAGCUCCUCUGGGGUAGGCUCCUCUUCUAUGCUGGCCAGAUGUCGAUAACAGAUGUGUAAGUACUCCACUUUGAAUUGGAAGAAACGUAAUCACAAUUUAGUGAUCAACGUCCUCCCCUUUGUGAGUGGUUCUACAAGUUGUGACUGAUUAAGUUUACAUGAACGUGCUGUCGCUGGAUAGAGGUGAUGCAUGAGACGCUGAUCAUCUGUGAAAUCUAACACGGCGUUAAUCACUCCAGCUAUCCAAGUUUGAGUUUGCCAAUCAUGUGUGCAAGUACAGUACAGUGAUUAAGCAGCAAUGUGCUCAGGGUAUAGGAGCCGAUUGAGGUGUUAGCAUAAACUGAUUUUCUGUCGAAUUAUCGGAUGAAAAUUGGCAAAACUGACAGAAAAUAGUGAUAAUUUGCCAUUUUGUUGUUACUUAUACCAAUUAUCCGCAGGAAAUUACUCCUCACGACUCAUGUCACGGAAGUUGGAAAAUUUGAUUUUAAUUGACUGCAAACGUGGCAUUGGGAUAUACGUGGAUGAGGCAGCUCCUUUGCCUUGGCUUCCUCUCUUUCGUUUAACGCUCGGCAUGUCAAGACCACCGAAUCAACAAGCAGCUCUUUUUACGUCUCACUCAUCUCUCAUUUAAAACCCCACACGCUGACUGCAACUGGUUAAAGCUGCGUCGAGAUCACAGGUGGUGUUUCCACAGACAUUACAGAAUGCGUGGGUGGUGCGCAAGUAAUGUCCUGUAUGUGCUGGUGUGCAUUUUGCCCGUCUGUCGACAGUCACAGUCACAGUACUAGUCACAGUUCUCUCGUGCACUCACACAGCGGAUGCCUUUAGAAAUUGUUCCCUUGACUCAACUCAUGUUACACCAAAUGACGUCUUCUGUUGUGCAAUACUGUGAGUCUUUCAGCUUUGACUCACGGCUUAUUGGCAGUAGAAUGUGUGCUCGUGGUAACGAAUCGUCGUCGCCAUCAUCGUCAUCAUCAAAACUAUUGAGGUUUUAUUUCAUUUUUGUUGCUAGCAUAAACAGCCCUGGACGUGAUGACAUUUGUAUCUUGAUCCUGAUCUCUUGUUAUUCAUGACCAUGUUUCUGAUCCAUAUGUUAAAUCAAAAACCGAUCUGUAGCUGAAGAAUCGGUGCAAGCUGGAAAAUCAUCAGUUUCAAACAAUUAUUACUGUCUUUGCCAACGAGUGAUUACUCUUGUUCAAAAAAGAAGCAAAACACUUUUUAAAUUAUAUUUUUAAACAAAUUACUGGUAUCACAUCCUUAUUUCGCAUGUUUUAUUUCACAUGAGAUUGCUCUUUUUUUUUAAAGUCACCUUCGAAGUCCAGACUGAUGGCACACCCUGCACUUUUGGCGCAUAGCAAGUCACGGUUGUCAAAAAAUGUAGCCCACUCUGAAUGUACAGCUUGAAACUUACGCCAGAAAAAGUGCCUCACUAAAUGCCAAGUUUUUUUUAUGCAAAGCAUCCAUUCAUCUCAUAUCGCUGAGGCUCCAAAAAUUAGGCCACAGAAAAAACUGUUGGCCGUACAUCGAGAUUUGUUCAGUUCCUCGCUCUCUAUUUGCAUGUCAAAUUGUGGCCUCAGUUCGUUGUACGAUUGUGACAUGCCAUGUCAAGGGUACUAAGUGGUGCGGCACCACAUACCACGGACGACGACGAGUAUCGUCUCCGCAGGCAACAUUUUAAUGCUCCCACUUAUUAAGUCACUCAACACCACUUACGAUAGGGUGUGCGCACAUUCGGACCAUUUUUAAGGUUUUUAUAACUGAAAUUUGUAACCCUAGUGGUUUGACCAAAUACACCUUGAUCUUCUAUACGUUGAGAUUUGGGAACAUGAUGCUUUGAUGUUUGAUGUACGCUUUGAAAACAUGCAAUUAUAUGAUCAGGAUUGCUGCAGUCGGCACCACUUGAAGACCUAGAGUGGAGAAAGUCUACAGCUGGAGCACUGCUAUUAGUACUCUGUUGUAGCCUUGUCAUUCGUAAAAAAAAAAGUGCCACAUGAUCUAAGAUAUUCAGAAAUGUAAUUGACGGCGCAUAUGCUUGUUUUGAUAUGAAACAGUGACAUUGCUAUGGCAUUGAAUAUGAAAACAUUUCCCAUUCGGUCAUAUGAUACCUUGCAGGGGAAAUACCUUGUUGAAACAAUGGUCAAGUUUCUUGAAUCCGGCCCUUGCCUCUGUCCACCCAGCAGUAUACAUGAUUACACCACAGUGAGUCGAUGGCAGGUCAUGUGUAUUGGGAUGAUGUGUGGGUUCUCGCACUGCUUCCAAGACGUCUAGGGAGCGUGGAAGAGUAGGUCAAUUAAUAUCUCUCAUUGAGGUGCUUCCACUAACAGUGGCGUGGGCAUGUCAUUGCAGAGCUGCACUGUUACCUCUUAUUUGGUUUAAAAAUGGGUUAUUGACAUCCAUUACUAUUUCCAGUACACACAUAGUAUUUAAAUAUAUUUGCAAAAACUCCGUAAAAAGAGAUCGCAUUGCACGAUAACACAUCAUGUGAAUUUCGUGUAAUUCAGCAUGGCCUUCCAGUAACGAUUGUUUGUUCCUGUGGAAAUUUCAUAAGCAAAUGACAUGUAAUAUUUUUACAAUACAAGGUUAUGUUGCGUUUCCCUCUAUGCGAGUGGAUACAAGAAGACAGGUACUGCCUGUGGAUAUAGGUGCACAUUAAAUUACUUUCUAUCCAGGAGAUCGAAGGGCACACACGCACACACACACCACUUGAAGGAUCGACACUCAUAACAUGUUAAACAUGGCAUCUCUCAAAAGGCAACUGCUGGUAGCUGCUUUUGAUGUUCUCAUACAUUACGCUCAUCUCAACACUAACUUUAACUUAGUAUACAAAUGUUGUGUGGGGGGGGGGGGGGGGGGGGUCCUUAAAGAGCUACAAAUAUCGAUAAAGAGAUCUGUUUUUUGUUACGCCAAGAAAUGGCCAAAGUAUCUUGAUUUCAUCAGAACAGGGAUAGUGUUUUAUUUGUAAGGUUCAGAGGAAGAUUGCAGAAUGGACUGCUGAAUAAGUAGAUUGCACAUUGACGUCACAUUACAGUCAGUGGUAUCACUUGCGCACAUCGCGUGAGACUGAAAAACCGUUCAUGCCCCAAAACUCUUUGGUCUCAGAAAAUGUGGUCACAAGCUUGGCCUGUCCGCUGCUUGACAGUGUGUGCGUCCACAUUCAUUAAAGGUGAGCUGAUGUAUACGAUUUUCAUUAAGCAGAAGCGUCAAAUGUGAGUCGCAUUCAGAUCACAGUUCAAACACACAGCCUUUGCAUAUGAAACGCAUAUGCUUUUAAUUCAGUUCUCACAUGUUUAAAUUUUACUUGGAUAUUUUGCUUAAGUGCAUCAUCCGAUGACGGCUGGUCUGUAAAAGGUAGCCUUUGUGCUCACGGGCAUUUUUUUUGCCUGGAGAAACUGGCAAAUUGAGUAUGAUGCCUAUAGAAUAGAUGGCCCUGCGGCCAUAUGAUGCCAUGGGCUUUGUUUUGAGCCACUUCGUAUUUAUUUAGGACAUUAAGGGUCUGCAACAGUGCUGCCUUGCAGUGAACACUUGGCAGAUUAGUAGCCAACGCCGAGCUUGCUCCAUUCACCAAUGACAAGUGUGUACAUUUUUUUUUU